CGUCGAUCCCCCUUGCCUGUGUGCGCCCGUCCCUUGUCCGUCUGUGUGCGUCCAUCCCCUUAUCCGUCUGCGUGCGCCCAACUCCCUGUGUGUGCGCGCAUCCCCUUGCGUGUGUGCGGCAGGAGGUGGAGUUUGGAGCACGAGCUGCGCCACCUGCGCCACCGACUGGCCGACGCACGCAACGGUCAGCGCCUUCACCCUCACCUGCGCCAUGCCUUGCCUCCUCACCCGCCCACCACGCGCUAACCCCCCGUGCCCUCACGCUGCCACCACGCACCUGCCCUCCUUGACUGCUCAUCCCUCCCACGCCCGUUCUUCCCCCCUCCCCGCCCCCUCGCGCAUCAUACCUGCAGCGCUGUGUGUGGCGGAGGCGUGUGCGCAGGGCGCGCGGGAGGAGGGCAGCAGCGCCGUGGCUGUGCUGCGCGGGCAGCUGGCGGGGGCGCUGCGGGCGGCGGCGGAGCGGGAGAGGGAGCAGGAGGAGGCGAUGCAGCGAGUGGAUGGCGAGCUGGCGCGGCUGCAGGGGCAGGCGGACGCCGCCGCGCAUCGCGAGGAGCUGGCAGCGGCGCUGAUCGACCGCCUGCACGCCGACAACGAAGCGCUCCGAGGCGCGCCUGCUCGCCGCCCAGGAGGGCGCGCAUGGCAGCACGGCGGCGGGCAGGGGGCGCGUGGAGCAGGAAUGCAGCAGAUUGCAGGCAGCAAAGGGGGAGGGUGGAGUUGCUGCAGCCGGUGCACGGGGGUCAAGGGGAGCAGGGGCGCAGAGAUGCAGGCGGGCAGCAGGGAAUGGGGGGAGGGGGGUGCGCAUGGUGGUGCAUUUGAAGGGAGAGCGUGGCCGAGUGCGGUGGGCGGGGAAGAGCCUGAAGGUCCACCGGAGCAGUGGCAUCAGAGCGGUGGCAGUGAGCAGCGUGCUGCAGACGCUGGCAGCGCUUGCGGCGUGGAGGAGCGGCGUGGCGGCGAGUACGAGUCGGCGUUCACGCUGCCGGUGCCCCGGCAGGGUGCGUGGAGUCGCGCCAAGCAGGCAGUGGCGCAGUACUAUGGGGGAAGCGCGGGCGAGGAGGGCGAGCAGGAGCAGCGCGAGAGGGAGGUGGAGGAGGUGCUGGAGGAGAACGGGCGGCUGGAGGAGCUGGUGCGGGCGCUGCAGGCGCAGGUGGGAAAGGCACAGCGCGUGGUGGCAUGGCAGGGUCGGCUGCGGCAGCGCGUGCUGCAGCUGCGCGUGUGUCUGGAGCUGACGAGCAAGGUGGUGGACGUCAAGGACCGCGCCCUCGAACUCGCCGUGCACCGCGCCCGCGCCGCUGAGAACCGCUGCACCCACCUCGACCGCCGCCUGCACCUUCUGCUGCCCGCCGCGAGCUCUGCUGCCCCCGCUGCCCUGGUUGGCAGCUCCCAAGCUGCCAGGGGGGCAGAUGGCUGUGGGGACAUUGCAGGGACUGGGCUGCAGAGAAGGUGUGCAGUGGCGGAGAUUGAGGCUGUGGGCGGGGAUGCGGCAGAGGUGCAGCACGGAGGAGAGGCAGGUGCAGCGUCAAGGCAUGAGGAGGGGGGUGCCCAGGAGGAGGGCAGCCCGGAAGGCGCUGAGGAGGGGGCGGGCGCAGCAGUGGUGGAGGCGGGUGGUGAGCAGCGGGUGGUGGCAACGGUGUCCACUGGCAGCUCAGGCGGGCCGGCAUGCGCCGCAGGAGCAGGAGCAGGAGCAGGGGGCGCAUGCAAGGCGGCAGUGAGGCGAGUGGAGAGGAAGAGGAGUGGCCGGCGGUGGGGCUGA